UUUUACCCAUUUUAUUUCACGCUUAAUAGUUUGCAACCAGGAAGUUGAUAAAAUAAAUUAAAUUGAAGAUUCCUGUAGCAGGAGGAACAAUUUAUUCCAGCCUGUAGUUGUGCAACCAUGGACCAUCCUGUUGCAACAGCCGGUUCGAGGCCCUUCGUAAAUUCAUUAAUGAAAAAUUACGACGAAGGCAGUAUAGUAGCUUCACUUUCCCCCAUUCUCGACUGGCGCAGCGUUGUCUCGUGGUCGGUGAUACCUAUCGGCGUCGUGUGGCGGCGCCACGAUCGCAUGGCCGCCCUCAGUGUUCGCGAGCCUCGCUCGGUGUGUGUUUCGUGGCGCGGUUGUCGUCGUCGUUGUUGCCCGUUCAUCUGGUCUCCGUUUGUUUUUACACGUUACAUCGGUGCAGUGGUAAUUAAUUCCGUCGCGAAUCCGUCCCCACGCGAAUCAACCAAUCUGCCGUGUAUACCGCGUCCUCGCGAAUUCGUCUGUUUUUCACCAACAUCUCAACGCGAGACGUUUCUCGCGUUUGUGUCUCUCUCUCUUGUGCGCGACAGCGAGAGAGCGUGUGUGUCAACUUUCGUGUGCGUACUUCCCCGUCGACGUCGGUGUCGCCGUUGUAUUCUUCGUCGUCGUAGUCGUGAUCGUGCUCGUCGUCGUCGUCGUCGUCUUCUUCUCUCGUGCUAAGCCCGCAGUUCGUGGCAUCGUGCCUCUCCACAAUUGUGCCUGCAUCGCUCUGUCUCUCUUCUACGUGCCUCUGUGCGUACGCGCGUAGUAUGUGCUUCUGUGUUUAUAAUAGUUGCGUCCUUUCUCUCCGUCUCGCUCUCCUCUCACCUGCAGCUAGAAGGCACACAGGUGUCCCGUGAAGGAGUGGCGACGCCUGCCGUGAAUCGUCACCGCUGUGAUAUUACGUCGAGAGGAGACUCUCGUGACUCCUCGAAUCGAAUCGAAUCCUGCCAUCCGAAAACAGCCAUUCACACUGCCCUGGAAUUGUCAAGACGAUUUCGCGGAGCGUCGACCGAGCCACGGAGUGUCUCGUGGCCAUCGCGAGAGAAAAAAAAAAGCGCGGAAGUCUCGCGUCCUCUUCCUUCCGUUAUAAAUAAAGACCAUCGAACCGACUUUCAAGAGUCGCCCUCUUCGUGCCGGCCAUUUUUCAUACACACACACAGAGUGCCAUAAUCGUCCAAAAUAAGAGGAAUUUUUGCCAAAUCAUCGACACACCAUUGAAAUUUUCAAAACGAUCAAAGUGAUACGGAAAUCCUGCCAUCUUGAAUAUCUACUUAUACCUUUUUUAUCUUAGCAAUAAUUAAGGAUAAAGGGGAAAGAAGGAAAUUUUUGGGAAAAAAAGUGCAAGUGACGACAAUCAAGAUCGAUUAAUUAAAUCUCUAUCGUUUAUCCGUCUAUCUAAAUCUAUUGAAAUCGCGUAAAAUAAACGGAUAAUCGGGUGCAGCGAGCACGGUAGCCGCUGCCAGAAGCGCAUAGUGGAUCCCAUAAAUUUUCCUCGGCGAUCGUGAACGCACUAAACGCCGAGCCGUGGAGCUGCCUCGAAGUAACAAGCGACGCGAGCCGACCUCUCGACCGGGCAGUCGUCAGGAUGUUUCAGCUGGCCAGCAGCCGGUAGCUUCGUUGCCGGGCCUGGUUGCGAUCCUCAGUCCUUGGAGGCGGAAAAAGCGGGGCCGUUUCAAGGAUCGGCCGUCGACGAUGUCCAUACGCGUGAGCGGCGUCUACCUGGUGCCAAGCCCGGCGGCCAACAACGAGCCGGCCAAUGAAAAACCGAGCAACCUGUCGGUGGAGAACAAUCUUCACCAACAGCAUCAUCAUCAUCAUCAUCAUCACGCGGCGAAGACCGUGACGAUCGUCGCCGGACCACAGAGGAGCAACAGCCUGGAUUAUUUAAAUUUCGAGGAGAAAAGGCAGAUCAUCGCGUCGUCGUUAUCGUUGAGCGAUUUUUUGGCUCAUGGGCCGGCAGCUGCCGCAGCCGCUGCGAAAGAGGUCGCUGCCAACACCGUUAUCGCGAAAAAACAAAAUGGGGCGGCAUUGCGAACGAACAGUUUGGGCUCUGGGGCGCGGACACCACCCCUCGAGAGGAAAAGCAAAUUUUCAGCCCUCGGUAGACUCUUCAAACCCUGGAAGUGGAAACGGAAAAAGAAAUCGGAUAAAUUCGAGGCUGCCUCAUUGUCGCUCGAGAGGAAAAUCUCUGUACGAGCAAGCAGAGACGAGCUGGUACAAAAAGGAAUCUUGUUGCCUGUCAUAAGGUCCACGUCGUUUCCCGAAAAUGAGACGGGUGGCGACUCGCCGGACAGCCAGAAGCCGCCGACGCCGCAACAAACGCCCCAACAGCAGCAGCAGCAGCAACAGCAACAGCAACAGCACUCGCACCAGCAGCAGCAGCAGCAACAACAAGGGAACAUCGGUGGUGGAGGCACCCCUGCAGCAACACCCACGUCGGCCGUGGGCAGCGUGCAGCAAUCCCAACAAUCCCAGCAAGUAGCAUCGGCCACGCCGACCCCCACGACUGCCAAUCCGCAUUCUACAGGACCGCCCAGCAAUCAACCCUCGCCUCAUCCCUCGCCCCUUUAUCCGGGGAUACCGCAGCCUGGCCAGCCCAACGGCAACACGCAAGAGCCGAAGAAGGAAAAGACUGAACAGAGUGCAAAUGGCGCGGUAUCGCCGAGCGGUGAGCCGCAACCGAAUCAGGGCACGGCUACGACCGGUAGCUUGCCGAUCUCGGCCGCGCCCCCGAAUUCAGGGGACCAGCAAAAGCCGAGCAGGCCGAACACCCUGGAAGCCAGGGUGGUGGCCAGGAGACUGAUCUUGUUCGACAUGGAGAAGGGGGUCCUAGACCAAAGCAGCGAGAACCAGCAGGUGAUCGAGAGGUGUUACCCUCUUCCGCCCCAAAACACGUUGAUGCUGUCGGAACUUCCGGAACCGCCGAUUCCGCUCAGCGAGAUCGGGCCGAUCCCACCCCCUCCGAUGUUCAGCUCCUCGAGUCCAACCCUCUUGUUGGCCAAGCAACGGCAAAUAAGAAACCCUUUGUCGUCGGACUACGAGGACGAAGAAGACGAAGAGGACUUCGACGUGGAGGAGGAGGACAACAUGUACGUGCCGAGGAUGUCGCAGCCUGAUCCGACCAUCGACACGUCCAGGGUGGAGGAGAUCCCCGCGAAGGAGCCUAAGUUUCACGCGGUCCCUUUGAAGAGCGUUCUGAAGAAGAGGGGUUCCGGAAGUGGGCCUGGCACGCCCCAGAACACGCCCACGCAGGAGAACAGGCCGUUGACCCUUCGCCAGGAGCUGCACGCCUCCUUCAAAAGGCCACCGUUGAGGCCUAGGAUGAGAAUAUGCAGUCGACCGGUUAGAUUCGGCCUUGCUCUUCCAUGCACCCUCGAGAACAAGGAGAACGCGAGGCCGUAUGUGAUAAGGGAGGAUGCGGAUGGUGAUUCAGGGGAUGGACAGGUGCUCUAUAGGGACGAGUACGACGAUGAGAAAAGCCGGUUGGCAGCAAAGAUUGCGCGUAAGGAGUCGCUGUCCCUGAAACUCGCCCUGAGGCCGGACAGGCAGGAGCUCAUCAACAGGAACAUCCUUCAGCUGCAGACGGACAAUGAGAGGCAGGAAACGAAGGAGGCAAUUGGUGCCAAGCUCAUCAGGCGGCUGAGCAUGCGACCGACCCAGGAGGAACUGGAGGAACGAAACAUUUUGAAAAAGCAAAGUCCUGCGGAGGAGAAGAAGCAAAAAGAAGAGAAGAAGCGGUAUCUGCUUCGAAAGCUCAGCUUUCGACCGACGGUUGAAGAGCUCAAGGAGAAGAAGAUUAUCAGGUUCAACGACUACAUCGAAGUCACGCAGGCUCACGACUACGACAGAAGGGCCGACAAGCCUUGGACGCGGUUAACUCCUAAGGACAAGGCAGCCAUUAGGAAGGAGUUGAACGAGUUUAAGAGUUCGGAGAUGGCCGUUCAUGAGGACAGCCGACACCUCACCAGGUUCCAUAGGCCAUGACAAUUGCAAUGUGUUGAGGUGCUACAGUGUGGUGCGGGUAUAGGUGAAGGUGCAGUGUGGUGGCCUCGCGUCGAGGCUGGAUAAAAAAGAAAAUUUAAAAAAAAAAAUAAAGAACCGCCCCCUCGGUUGAUCGUGGCUACCGAGGGGUAGUUCCACGUGGGAGGGGGGGGAGGAAAGGGAAAAGAGGGAGGGGUUGGUUAAUACUAUACUACACCCGUUUUAAACGGUAAAUCGGGCGACGGUGGUUUCUUUUUAUGACGUUGCUGCGUCGUGUUGUCAUUCGUCGUCGUCCUCCUCUCGUCGUCAUCCGUGCCCAUCGUGCAUCGCGCCUUCUGAUCUUCAUCCUCCACCAUCACCGGGUCAUCCGCCAUCCGCGCUGACGACGAACGUCUCCACGACGUCGACGAAGAUUUGUGAUAGGGUGGCCCGUCCCAAAGUCGAGUAAAUUACGAAACGAAAAGGGGGAAAGUAAAGGGAAGGAAGGAAAAAAAAAAAAAAGAUAAAUAAAUAAAUGAACAAACGAACGAAGGAAGGAAGUCGCGUCGGGUCACUCGCUGAUUUCUUUAAAAAAAAAAAAAAAGGAAAAGAAAAAAAAGAGGAAGAAAAGGCUCGUUCACACCUGAGCUUAUUCCAUAUAAAUAAAGUUCGUCCUUAUCGUAUUGGAGAACCGUAUUUGUCCAGCAUGAUGAAUAUCUUUUUGAGCAAUUUUGCAUUCUUUCGAUGCCAAAAAUAAGAAUAAAAAUAAAAAAUAAGGAUAAAGAGGAGAAAGGAGUGGAAUAAUAAUAUUUGGAGAAUAUAGAAGGUUAGAUAAUCGCAAUUUAGAAAAUCAAAAAAAAAAAAGCGUUGUUCUACUUGUAUAAUAAAUAAGGCACGUAUUUUGUACGAGCGAAGUUCGCUUCGCUCAGGAACGAAAGGGUGGAAAGGAGAGAGGUUGAUCGCUUUCGUUACACUCGACGUUGACGCUCCUCCUCGUCAGCGAAACUUUGCUGAACCUAACUCUCUCAACAGUUUAUCGUUAAUUACGCUUUUAUCGAUAUCUAUUCUAAUCGAGAAGAAAGAGAGAAAAAGAUAGAAAGAGAGAGAGAGAAGUAUGUUUGAGAUAAAACUUUCGGAUAAAUUUUAAGAUUAUAUGCGAAUUAAACACAUGUAUACAUUGGAUGUAGCUAGAUCGAUGACAAACGAUAGAAAGGUAGCGAUGAUCUAUGAAGAGAAUUCUUUUCAAAUGAUUCUUCUUCGUCGAGAAAGUUUCUUUGGCGAAAAAAAAAAAGAAAAAGAAAUAAAUAAUAACAUAUGGCGUGAGCUCGCGUGUGAACGAAUCUUUCCAUAGAUUGUAAAACAUCAUAAAAAAAAAAUUCUCUUUUUGCCAUCAAGCUAGCUCGUCAGUGUCACCUGGCAUGAAACGCGUAUACGUGAAAAAAAGAAAAAAAAAAAAAGAAAAAUACGAUUCCUAAGGAGAAAUGUUUUAGUGAACCUUUUAGCGCUCGUGUGUGA